AUGAUUUAUGGAUAUUAAAAAAGAGUCAGAACAGUCUGAUUAAUUGUAAACAGAAACGAAAAAGAAUAAAAGAAAUAACACUAACUGAUAGCUAAUAGUUCAGUUUUUUGUUUGUUUUUUAAUUUAAUUUUGUUGGCUCCUUAAGCGAUAGAACAUAUUUGAGAACAACAACAACAAAAUGACCGAAAAUCAGACAGAGAACAUAAUUCAAACGAUAAAACUUACGCAAAAGCUACGUGCAAGUGUCGCACACGUUUUCCAGAAUCUAGGAGAUGGUUGCUCUGUUGCGAAAGGAAAUGAGAAGCAAAUUCUAAACACGUUCCAUGAGUCUCUGCUAGACGUAAACAAUGACUUCAGUGAACUGGAAAAAGCAUGUGGUUCACUGCAGUCUCUGUCCUCAGUUAUACCAAACAGUAUUUACCUGAGUAUUGAUCCUGCUAUAGACAAGUCACCAGUGUACACACAGAUAUUCCAGGCAUACAAAUGGUCCAACAAGGUGUCCGACCUGGCAGGGUAUGGGGCCUCUGUUUUAGAUGCCCAUGUCAAAAUAAAAAGAACACAACAGAUGGGUGCAGCACAGGCUAAAAAAUUGAAAAGAACUCCACCAACCGGACAUGCUUAUGGUCCAAGUAUUGUAGAAAAUUAUGCUGCACGUUUUAACCAGAAGGCAGGAGGUUUAUCAGUACAAGUGACACGUCCUCUAGGUAGUCAUGCUGUGUUACAGGUAACGUUAGGCCAUAUAUUAAAGGCCCAGGUGGCGCUGCGUGGGUUGAUGAUAGAGUGGGUUAAUGUACGAGGAUAUACAGAGGAAAAUCCAGAUGAAUCGAAGGUCAGACUUGAACUAUGGUCAAAGUCGAAGUAUCUAGUAUUUCAAAAGGUUACAGAGAGCGCUACAGCUGCAACUUUACAUUUCUACUCCCCACACAAUGCAGAAUUAUCUCUCACAUCUUUUAUGCACUGGUUCCAAAGAUACAGAACUUUAUUUUCUGCAUCAUGUCAAAAGUGUGGUAAACAUUAUUUGAACGGCCUUCCUCCGACAUGGCGGGAUUUACGUACAACAGAGCCAUAUCAUGAUGUUUGUAGACAAUAGCCUUUCCUGUAUGACUAAUAGCUUGAUGGAGCUGUCUGUAGACAAAGAUCUUACCACUGUUUGUAUAUACAACAGAACUGUGCCAUGGUGUGUGUUGAAAAUAUAGGAACAUCCAAAGCUGGGUUGUUUCUUCUGAAGGCAAAAACGUAUUUUGCCGUAGAUUUGAACAAUGCAGAUGUGUUUUGUGUCACCAGCGAUUCAGGUUCAACAGUUCAUUUGCAAGGUGUCUGAAGGACAAUAUACAGUCUGUGAGACUAUACAUCAUUGUGAACAAUACCAGUCAGUUGAUGUCUAAAUAUUCUUUUUGAAAUAGACUAUACCUGUAUAAAAGUAUGUUCUGGUAUGUGCACAACAGAAGUAUCAGUUGUCAGGUAUAGUUAUAUAUACAUUAUAGUUGGUAAUGUAUUACACAGGAUUCACAGUGAUUAAAAUUUCCUGGUGAUAUCGUGAGUUGCACUUACCUUUGUGACAGUCAUGCUUAAAUAUUUACAUUGAUGUCUAAAUAUUCUUUUUAAAAUAGACUAUACCUGUAUAAAAGUAAGUUCUGGUAUGUGCACAACAUCAUGUCAAAAGUGUGGUAAACAUUAUUUGAACGGCCUUCCUUCGACAUGGCGGGAUUUACGUACAAUCAUUAUGACAUUCAUUUCAUAUGAACGUCCGCAUUUAGUCUGGGAGAACAUUCCUUAGACAAUGUCGCAGUUGUUCCGUCUGGUGCACAGAAUGGCUGGGAAGCUGAUUUUAAUGUUAAAUGCCACAAAAUUUGUGCAAUUAAUAAUAUUAUCUUGUUUACAAAUGGAAAGGAAAUAUAAUAUAAAUAUAAGAAAUGAAACUGUUUUUUCGGUGUUCAUGGAAAAUGAAGGACAGAAUAGGAUCGGCAAAUAAAACAUGAAUCGUUCAUGGGAAAUGAACGACAGAAUAGGAUCGGCAAAUUAAACAUGAACUGCUAGCGCGAUUUAUGGAUUUGCCGAUCCUAUUCUGUCGUUCAUUUCCCACGAACACCGAAAAAAAUAGUUCCAUUUCUUAAAUGUCUGACAAUAUUCAAUACAGUACCAUUGUGUAUAGAGUAUAUAUUAUACCAGAUUUAUGUAGCACUCUUUUCAUGAAAAACACAUUCAAAGGCGCUUUAUAUACUGCAAAUCAAUGAUAUAGAUUCUUUUAGGCCACAUAAGUACAGUCCAACUCCAAAUGUUCUUACCCUGAUCCAAGCCCGCCCGCUUAGCUCAGUAGGUAGAGCAUUGGUCUACAGAUCGCGGGGUUGUGAGUUCCAUCCUCGGGCGGGGUGUAUGUUCUCCAUGACUAUUUGAUAAACAACAUUGUGUCUGAAAUAAUUAGUCUUCCACCUCUGAUUCAUGUGGAGAAGUUGGCAGUUAUUUGCGGAGAACAGGUUUGUACUGGUACAGAAUCCAGGAACACUGGUUAGGUUAACUGCCUGCCAUUACAUGACUGAAAUACUGUUGAAAAACGGCGUUAAACCCAAAACAAACAAACUUAAUCUGAUCCCUCGAAUACCACCCUUCACUCAACCUCCACCCCUGUUUUGGACAGAGUCCCUAUAUUAAAUGUAUUGUUCUACCUCGUAUUACUCAAAAAACAGAUAAUUCAAACUUUCAGACCAUACCUUCUCUCCUGACAAGUAUAGUAACACCUUGCUCGAACAGUGUCUUAAUUAUUGAUAAUCAUUUUGCACAUUUUAACAAUGCAUACUUCUUACACCUUGUGAAAUUAAAAUUUAUUUGCAACUGACAAUAGGUAAAAUGAACAUAUUUUGCUCACUGUGCAGUUAGAUAUUAUUGUUUAUUGUACAUCUUCAGUUUGAUUAUCGAAAACACAAUUGGAAGAUUUUUGGUAUUUAAUUAAAACUUCUCUAUGAUUGACUUUUUUUAGAUAAAUGCAAUUGUGUAUUCAUAAAAUGUUUACCUCUUAUAACAGAUAUGCAUAAAUUACGCAUGUAAGUUUGACAUGGUCUGUUCUAGAGUGUCAAAUACUAUUUCUCUUACAAUUUAUUCCGUUUGAAAUAAUGACAUGUUUUUAAUGAGCAUAAAGCAAAAAACAAUGGUUGUGUGUUGAUGGUUGUUUUGAAUGAGCAUAAAAUAAAUAUGAUAAAAUAAAUAGAAUCAGAAAUUUAA